ACUCACAUAGAUCGACACCUACGUGGUACCCGACGCAAGUCUACUUGGUCGACAAGGUGAUCCGCAGUGGUAUCCGUGUACCACGAAGCUGUGGAUUAUUCUCGAUCGUACCAUUGAGCACUGUGAUCGAAAAGUGCAUCGGAAAUUGAUUUCGGAUAACGUUUUCUUUUUUGGUGGGUACUGUCUGGCACGUGUGGUAGUUGAAUUUUUGAAUUUCUCGUCGCGGUGUUUUUAUUUUUUGGAUUUCGGUUAUUGUGUUAAAUAAUUAAUGUGUUUUGGCACGGGAAUACAAAUUGUUUGUUUAUAUGAGCAUACGACGUGGGUGAUGAUUUAAAUUAAGAAUGACGGAAGUUGCCAUGAGUUUGAUUCCAUCCGGGAAUCGGGUAACUGCAGUUCGUCAUUACGAAGCUGCACCUCCGCUAGGAUACGAAUUAGUAGAACCUGGGGAGACUAUAGCCACUACGAAAGAAGAGGAGUGGGUUAGUAAAAAGAAAACAGAAGUAACGAACACCAAACAAAUAGAAACACGUGUGAAGAGACAAGUUGUCCUUGAAGAUGGCAAGGUUGUUGAAGACUCGGGACCUAUGGUCACAACUAAUACUACGGAAGAUUCGGCUACGCAAGAACAUCAUCAAACAGAGUUAAGAAAAUUGGGGGAUGAUGAAGUUGACGGAACCAAAGCACUCGAAGGCGUCGAUAAACAUGUCGUUGACGAAAAAUCCAACUGGGUUUCUGUCGCGAACCCAGACGGUAUCGUCAGGGAGGUUAAGGAACGUAAAGUUAUAUCCAGAGAAGAGACAGAAGAAGUCAAAGAGACGGAAGAUGUUCAACAUUUUGGCGACAUCACCGACGAAGCUUUCUUAGCAGCGGUAAAUACCGGUCAAUCAGAUUUGCGUAAGGUGCUUCGAAUAGAAAAAGGGGGACACCAAGUGGUGUCCACAGGUCCUAGAGUUUUAGUAGAUACAAAAAAAAGUAAAAAAACCACAGAUACCGAAGACGUUAGAGAGUUGAGCGCAGUACGCGAAGACGGUAAAAUCGUAACCGAAACACAGCGAACUACCGAACACGAAGAAGUUAACGACGAGGAAUUGCCAGAGGAUGCACCAGUACGAGAUUUCCAAAAGGAGAGUUCACAAAGAUAUUUGAAAACGAGAGAACAAGAAGACGUCGACUACAUCGCUGAUGGUGUGAAUAUCGGGCACGAAAUGAGGUUCAAAACAGAAACCAUGGAGGCGGAUCGUCGAGGAGACGGAGUAGAUGAACCCGACUUAUUUGAGUCUCUAUCUGCAAGAGCCCGUAGAAGAGCAAAUACCAGACAACCUUAUAGACAGAGAGGUCUAGAGGAAGUGGCGUCUCCGUUAGAUCGCAAAGACGCGCUCACCCGUAAACCGCUAGAUUUCGAUCAAGAAGAAGAAACCCGUAAAGUAGAAACGUCCAAAUGGCUAGAGCACCAUUUCGGCAGCGAUUCCCGUUCCUCCAAUAAUUCGACGGUCGAAGAGGAGGAAACCCCUCCGAAAACGAGUUUCUUUAACGUAACGAUUAAAUCGCAACCCUCUAGAACGGAACCCGUAGUACCCCAAAAUACAUUUGUCUCCUCGAUUAAGGAGACUUCGAGAGUUUAUAGUCCCGUUGAGCCGGAAAGGGACAGGAACCACGUCGGAGGAUACUAUAAAGGUAUUAACGAAUGGUCGGAGCACCGUCAGCAGUACCAUUACAACGAUCAACGACACUCUCCUUCGUAUCACACUCCAUCCCCUUAUUCCGGCGAUCGUAUGCGACGAUCCCCUAGUCCCGAUUAUCGUCCUUCCCGCUCACCCGUUCCGGAUUAUCGAAAUCGGCAUUCUCCAACACCAGAUUACGCUAGAAAUCAACAUUCGCCUAUUCACGACUACCCUCGGAACACUAGGAAAUCGCCUAAUCGAGAAAUAGUCACCGUCACACCGACUCCUCCUAGGAGGACGAAAAACGAAAGGCCACGGCAACGUAUCGUCGACGAUAGGAGCAGAUAUAAAAGCGAAUAUCGUAACGUAAGACGAGAGGAUGAUAGGAGUCACAUAUUGGAACACAUCGAAGAACCUCCCCCGGAUUAUUCGCCGCCGAGUCCUCCGCAAAUGCCGAGCGGGAAAAGACAAAAUCAAAAAACUAGAUUCGCCGUCGAACCGCCGCCCAAACCUCCAAAAUCCGGAAAUAUUAUAGGUCAAUCGAUUCGUAAACUAGUAGGCAAAAUACGUUCAGCAAGCGCGGAACGUAAGGCCCGACAACGCGCGAAACGUUCACCAUCACCGCCGUCCUACCAACAGGGUCACGUUAUCGAUAAUAUCGACCACAGGAAUCACGUAAUCGACAAUAACGCGUCCAGCAUGGAACGAUUGGAUCGACCGGUCCAACGGUAUUAUCUCGGAGAAGAUCCCUUCGGCGGAAGCAUUUACGGUAGAGAAAAUAAAUAUGAGAGUGCCAAACCUGCCAGGAAUUCGAGAAGGAGAGAAAUGGUACCGGAGGAAAGGAGGUCCCAGAGUACGUUGGGCAGAUUUAGUAAAUCUACAUCUCGUCUCGUGAACGGUCAACAUCACUUAGACGAAAGAAACUCGCAAACGCUACCACGCCACCUUCCAAAACAAGAUUUAGUACCGAGGUCUCUCAAUAAUAAGUCCAAUAGUACAAUCAACGUUUCUAUAAUAAAUACUGUAUCGUCUCCAAGGAAAAUAGAAGGUCCAGUUAAACCGCAACGAACUUUCAAAUCAAAUUUAUCACGAAGCAAGAGUUUGAACGUCCACGGAGGUAUGUACGCAUCUAAUCCACAGCUGAAUCAACCGAUAGGGCUCAAAAGUCCUGGAUUAAUUUCAAGUCUUAAUAGAAGCCAGAAAGAUAUUAACGAAGAUUCCUACACUAGCCGUUUUGCUAGAAACGGUAUAAGUGAACAUAGUGAGAAUAAAAGAGUGUUUUUAUCGUCUCUUAAAGACAAAGCUCCGGAGCUAUUCAAGACGUUAGAAGAAGAUGACAGUUAUCGAAAUAACAGAAGUUACAACGGCGAUAUGUAUGAACCUCCUACUAGAUUAAGGGAUACGAAAGUACUACCUAAUAACUCUGUUUAUCGUAGAGGUAGUGCUUCUAGUACAGAUUUUUCCGAAAUCUAUCAUACCACUACGAGAAAUGAUAAUGUCCACAAUCCCACAGUUACGAAUACCACGAAAAGUUUCAGUAGAAGAACAAUACCAUCGUCUAAUGGUAGAGGAGUCGAAACAAUACAAUCCAGCGAAACGAAAAUAACGAAAAGCAGCCAGCUUAGAGGUGGCAUGGAACCCGGUAAAUACCAACAAGAUAGAUGGUAUAAUAGUUCUGGAUCCAGACCUGUCGUUAUCGAGGUUAGGAAUUACAAAUAGUAUUUUUUUGUGCCUAUAACUUUUUUUAACUUGAUUUUUGUAACUUAUAUAUUUUAUUUCACUUAUGAUGCAACCAAUCGUGUUAACUUUAAAAUUAAUAAAUACUGUUAAUACA